UGCAGCAUUUUUUUGCAAAAAAAAAAAAAAACCGCGGCGAGGAGAGAGAGAGAGCGCCUGCCGUCGUCUCGUUCGUCGACGGAUCGCGCGUGUGCUUCAACGCCAAUCGACGAGCAGCGCGAGCGUUGUAAGAAGCGAUGCGGCUCGGCGACGGCGGCGCGGAUCCGCUGCGCGCGCUCGCGGAUUUCGGUUGUCGCCAAGAUUCGCGCCUUCUCAUCGUCCCCAAUCUUGACAUCUCCCCCCAUCAAGAUCGAGCUCCAUGAGGAAGGUGGCGGCAUUACUCAAAAAAAAAGAGGAAGGUGGCAGCGGCUCACAUGAGGGAGGAGGAGAAUCAGGCGGCGCGGCGGCGGCGGCGGAGCGGAGGGCCGCCGUGAAGGAAGUCAAAGGAGUCCGCAUCGGCUGCACGCGUCGGCAGCAUGGCGCAAAAGGAAGGCGACGGCGCAGAUGGGGAAGGGAGAUGCGGCGGUGCCAGAGCACAACGGCUCUCCCUGUGCGGCAUCUGUGCCAGAGCUGGAGUGAAUAGCGCAGUUGGGCCUGGAGCAGCUCCUUCACCAGCUUCCAUGUGUUGAACUGAAGGAACUCAUUCUGAUAGCUUAUUGCACUGAAGGACUGAAGGAAUUCAAUACAGGGAAGAGCACUAAAAAUAUUGUAUAUAAAGAUGUGUUGAAAUGGUGAUGAGUGGUGUGACUUGGCUGUCUCUUGCAGGUGUGACUUCCCAGAACAUGAACCUGAUAUGGUGGUGUGACUUCCUCAACCUGAACCUGAUGAUGGUUGUCUCUUGCAUGUGGUAUUCUAGAUCCAACAUUCUUGAAGCCUGUUCAACCUGUUUUCCACAUGCUGGUGCACCAAAAAUGGCCCAUAUAUUUCGUAUGGACGAGAACACCCAUGCUGCUUCACUCCCUGACGUGUGGACCCCACUCAUAAGGUUCUUCAACCUCCAGCUCCGAGGCCGCCCUCCGCGUCGCGUUCCCGCGCUCCCUCGCCGACCGCUUCCUCGUCGCAUCGACACUGCGGCCGCCGACGACACCGGCGGCGGCGUCAGCACUGUCUGCCUCCGCGUGUUCUUUGGCGGGUCGUUACCAGCUCCACCUUGCCGCGGACGCCGGGGAUUCCGCGGCCGUGGGCGCAGCUGCAUGCGGCGGUCGCGAGAGGGGACUGCGGGGAGGUGAUGCGGCUGGGGCCUGAGGUGCUGGCCGCGCGUGACCGCGAGGGAGGACGGUCCUGCACGCCGCGGCCACGGCCGGCCAGGCGGAGGCGGUGGCCGUGCUGGUGGACAUGGGCCCGACGGCGCAAGGGCAUGACGUCCCGACGGAGCAAGGGGGAGUCAGGGGCGAUGUGAAGUUGGAUGGGGAGGCGGCACGGUGGAGUUCGAUGGGGGCCGGCGGUGGAGAUCGAGGGGGGAGGGGAGCAGAGGUCCUCGAUCUCGGCGUGGGUGGCGUAGGACCUGGAGGCGAAGUGGGUGCCAGCGGCCCCCUCCUCCUUCGCGUACGCCCGUGGAUGGUGAAGUGUUUGAAAGAGAAAGACGACUGGAGGUAGAAGAAGAACGUGACAAGUGGGGUCCACACGUCAUUGAGUGGAGGGAGUGAAGCAGAAUGGGUGUUCUCGUGCAUACGAAAUAUAUGUACAUGUAUACAUUCUGACAGUGGGCCUAGGCACAUAAAAUACGUAUAAAAUGGCAAGAUUCGGAUGUAUGAAAAAUUAUAAUGGCAAAUUUCAAAAUAGCUGAAUUGUAAUGGCAUAUCUUUAAAGUCAAAAUUCUAAUGGCAGGAAUCUAAAAAACCCCAAAUGGUAUAGUUGUCGAUGGAAACCAACCUGCUAUUGGGGCUCGAUCUACACAUAGGCAACUCAAGAAUGAUUUAGUUGAGCACAUAUGACAUUGUUAUGAGCAAACAGAAAAUUAGAGCAACAUGUUCAAGGCGGGCGAUGAAUUUAAUAUUAUAUUAUGUCAUAUAUUUCUAUCCAUAUAAAAAUAUAUUAUAUACAUGAUUAUUCUAAGAGUCAUGCUAAUUGUUUGAUAUAUUGUGUAUUCUUCCAUGUAUGCCACCCAAUGGCUACAAAUAUCAAAUUAUGCACUAGAUCAUCAUGAUUCAUGUGCCAAACAGUGAAUUAAAUAUCUAGCAGA